AUGGAAUCUGUACCAGCCAAGCACAUUCGGAACAUCUCCCGGUCUUCUCGGCCUCGCAGCUCGACAAGAGGUCCCUUAGAUGCAUUAGAUGACCCUCUCGCUCUCCCCGAAACGCCCACCUCACCUAUCAAACACAAAUCAAUCAUUGCUGCCGACGACACCUUUACCGGGGCAUCCUUCUACAAUUUAGAUCCACUUGCGCCAGACAAUCUACCUGAAAUGGUAGAAAAAGAUCUCUCCUUCCUACUCCGGCAUAGCAACUUCCACACCCUCUCUCAUCUGGACAUCCCUCCGUCUCUACGAUCCGAUUUCCUUAUCCUCAACCUAGGGGAACCCCUAUCAACUUCUCUAGGUACCCUCGAAAAGCUAUUGGCAGACGGUCGAUUUCUCGUUGCUGCCCACUUCUCUGCUUCGAUUUUGACUUCGUCUUCAAUAUCUCCGACGGAUACAAAGAUCAUCUUCUCCCUUUUCUACACGCGCCUAGCCUGCUUAGAUCUGUCUGGCAAUACAGUUCUCGCGGCCCAGGAAUCGAAAGCCCUAGAAGAUUUGAGUUCAGCGUUCUAUUACGUUGAUCUCAAACAGGAAUCAGCUGCAGUCGAUAUUGAUAAAGACCCAGAACAUGAACAAGAUCCUCGUCAUAUUGUUCCAUGGCCUCUUCGCGUGCUAGCCGUGAGACUCCAAAGUAUAGGCUUCGGUGAUUCUCGCCGAAGCAUUGGCGGUUUGUAUGAGAUCGGCCUGGAAGCGCGCCAAGAGAUCAUGAGAAGUGAAGCUACUGAAGAUGAGCGUAUACUAUGGAAACAGCGACUGGCAGAUCUUGGCGUUAGGAGCGUGAAUGCGCUUAUAGAGAUGGGUGAUUUCGAUGCAGCCAGGAGAUCACUUGAUAAUCUCCGAGUUCCUGGGCCAGAGUCGGACAUCACAAAGUUGAGAAAAGCACUUUUGCUUUUGCGGAUUGGCGAUCUAGAUGCAGCAAGUCAGGUAUUUGGUGAUGCUAAUGAGACGAAAGAGGCUGCUCUCCUGCAGCCUCUGAUAAGCAUGUCAGAUGGUCGAUUUGCCGAUGCCGUGGCUGAGUGGCGCAUUCUCGGGGAGGAUAGGACAAGGACGGAUGGGGCUCUCGUAGCCCAAAAUCUGGCUGUUUGUCUUCUUUACAGUGGAAAAUUGGAUGAGGUAUUUGAUCCACACACUAGACACCUAUUUGAAGGGUGA